UGAAUAUUGAAAUAGACAAACACUACCUCCAAAUCUAUAAGCAGGAAAACGCAAAGACUUCUGCUACCACCGAAGAAGUACGACUGAACAAAAAGAACCAAGCAUUAAGACCUAUAAGCAAAACCUCAAAAACUGCAAGUUUCCCCUACUGGCAUCAUCGACGUUGGAUGAAAAGAUAUUGGAUAUUGAUAAUCGCUUGCCAUGGUGAUGAAAUACUCGCCCAUAUAAAAUGUACAGUAAAAAUAUUUUUUCAGAUGCAAUAUACGAUGAGCUUUCACAGGCUUUUAGAUACAUUGAUAAAAACAGAGACGGAAUGCUCGAUGUUGAAGAUAUAUCCAAUUUGUUCAUGACUCUUGGAAUAGGUGUUAAUAAGAAUAAUAUUUCAGUCGCCAUCAGGAGUUUGUCUGACUCAAAUGAUUCGAUUGGGCUUCCUUUGUUCAUUGAACUUCUCGGUCGUGCACUGGAAAAUCCUGGUGGAAGCCAAGAGUUGAGAACCUUAUUUCGUAUUGUUGAUCGAAAUGGUGAUGGAUAUUUGGAUCCAGAAGAGAUAUCUUUCCGUAUGUCCAAGACAGUUGGUCCAAUUACUAAAGAAGAGACUAGCCUUUUAUUAGAUUCAAUUCAUAUGGAUGAUGGUCCAACAGUCAAUUGUGAAGAAUUUGGUGCUCUGCUGAGAUCUAGAUUUUCAAAAUCACAAAAAUAGAUUAAUAUCCACUACUUUACUUUUACUGUCAAGUAUGUAAUGUAGUUGUGUCUCUUGUCUGGGUAGAAAUAUAUUGUGAGCAC